AGCUAUUUAAGGGCAGUUGGAGUUCAGGAAAACCAAGACAGGUCCUUGAACAAGAAACCAUACCACCAUCCGAGAGAGCCGACAGCAUGAAGGUCCUCCUGUUGCUAGCAGCCAUGAUCAUGGCCUUUGGUUCGGUACAGGUCCAAGGGAGCAUCCUGGAGUUUGGGCAAAUGAUUCGGUUUAAGACUGGAAAGAGAGCUGAUGUGGGCUAUGCCUUCUACGGUUGCCACUGUGGCGUGGGUGGCACAGGAGCCCCCAAGGAUGCCACAGAUUGGUGCUGUGUUACUCAUGACUGCUGCUACUACCGUCUGGAGAAAUAUGGAUGUGGAACAAAAUUUCUGACCUAUAAGUACUCCAUCGGAGGGGGCCAAAUCACCUGUUCUGCAAACCAGAACUCCUGUCAGAAACAGCUGUGCCAGUGCGAUAAGGCCGCCGCCGAAUGUUUUGCCAAGAACAAGAAAAGCUACAGUUUAAAGUACCAGUUCUACCCCAACAACUUUUGCAGAGGGAAGACACCCAGUUGUUGAAAGAGCCAUCUUCUGAAACAGCGGGGACACGCUCAUCUCCUCUAACCCCUCUCCCAGCCCAGCCAAGUUCUCCGGUGAUAAAGAAAACACCCCUCUCCCACCCUAGAGGCUAGGCGGGGACCCUUCUGUCUUCAGAGUGAGACACAAGCCUACUGAGUCAGACUAAUCUUUCCCCACCACUCCGCUGCCUUGAAUCUGCCCCACUUCCACCUUUUCCUUGGCAUUCAACUUCCUGCUUCGUAGUACCUAAGAGAGUCCUGGGAGGCUCUCACAAGUAAAGCAGUUCCUCAAACAA